UUGUCAGCAACUGAUCAUUUGUCAAUUGUCAUCGGAAUCUCCAAAAAAAGCCACCAAUCCCCAAAGUCCCCCAAGAUUUUAUAGAACCCUAAUUUCUCAUUCAAUCUUUCACCAAAACCUUUCUAUAGUUUCUGAACCAGAGAGAAUUGGAAGAAAAUGUUUAACCUGAAAAUCCACACCGUCGAUUUCCCUCAACCGCUCCACACCACCUUCAUUUCCGCCGCCCACCGGAACGAUGAUCUGAGGCCUGCUCAACUGAUGGGCGUCCCCCACCUCUUCCGCCAGCUGCCAUCCGGCUCCGCCCCGCCCAUCACCAUCGCUAAUGUAAGCGCCCGUACCACCCUCGUAUUUGUAGUUGCCGUCCCCAAUUAUAUGUCCGUAGAUGAUUUCCUCCUCUUCUGCGGAAAAGAGGUCCCUCACUUCAAAGAAAUCCUCUUUUUAAGAAAUGAUGCUAUGGAGGAUAGGUACAGUGUUUUGAUCAAAUUAGAAGAUCGGUUGUCAGCUGAUGGGUUCUAUUGUAGUUAUAAUGGCAAAAGAUUUAAGCCAACCGAGGUUGAGGUUUGCCAUAUAUAUUUUGCUCAAUCUGUCGAGUACACAGACUCUGCAGAGAUUGCUAGUAUACCUCCACUGGAUUAUACAGAACUGCCCUCGUGCCCUGUUUGCCUUGAGAGAUUGGACCCAGAUACUAGUGGAAUACAGAGCACGUUGUGUGACCACUCUUUUCGUUGUUCUUGCGUCUUGAAGUGGACAUACUUGUCUUGCACGGUAUGUCGACUUUGUCAACAACAAGAUGAAAGGCCAGCCUGUGCUAUAUGUGGAACUUUCGAGAACCUUUGGAUCUGUUUGAUCUGUGGUUUGUUAGGAUGUGGAAGAUACGAACAAGGUCAUGCUAGUGAGCAUUGGAGUGAUAAGCACCACCAUUUUUCUCUCGACUUGGAAAAGCAACAAAUCUGGGAUUAUGUUGGGGAUAAAUAUGUUCAUCGGUUGAAUCACUCAAAAGCUGGUGUCAAAUCAGUUGCCGUAAAUUCACAGUGCACUUCAGUUGAAGAAUGCGGAACAUGUGGAUAUAGUGAAGAUGAAGGAUUGGCCGGUGCCCUCUUCAGCAGUAAAAUUGAAGGGAUUUUGGACGAGUACAACCAUCUUCUUGCAAUGCAGCUGGAUGAGCAGAGACAGCAAUAUGAAAAAUUGCUUGCUGAAGCGAAAAGUGGAAAAGAGAGCUCAAUAAAGACAGCCGUGGACAAGGCCAUAUUUUCAAAAACACUUGAACUCGAAUACAAAUGGGAAAAAUAUGAAGAGGAACAAAGAGUUGUUUCAACUAGGAAUCAAGAGCUUAUGAAGAAACAAGUAUUGCUACAGAAUACAUAUAAGGAAAUUGAAGAAAGGGAAAAAUCACGCCUCAAGUCGAAGGAUGAACAUAUUGUAGAUCUGCAAGAACAGAUAAGAGACCUAAAGGUUUUCCUGGAAGCCCAGAAAAUGGUCGCAAGCACGGGAGACUCGGAUAGCCUUAAAGGGGGGACUGUUUUGCCUGUAGAAGCAAACCCGUCAUCAUCUGGCAACGGCAAAAGGCGCACAAAGACUGGCCGAAGACGGAAUUAGUCUUUCGACAGCAUCAUGUUUCUGCUUGUUUAAGAUACGUGCUCAAUGCCUUGAGUAAAUUGAUUCGAAACUUUAUUAGUUACUAUGAUGGAAGACCUUUAAAAAUUUUACUUGUAAAUUCAAAUCAGUGAUAUCAGUAAUAAUCGUGUGGCGCCUUUACUUUUUCUCUA